AUGGAUGAACAGCCAAAAGCAACAAUGGGUUAGUUAGAUUCAAAAAUAAGGAAUAUCAGUCAAUAAUUUUUAGGCACAGUAACGGAAAGUGCUCCAGAAGGUGGACAUACUAAAAAUGCAGAUCCCGACGAAGUUCCACUCGAUCUAUUACCAUCAGAUCGCGAGAAAAACGUAGAAGAAAGAAAAGGUGGAUUCGAAUAUAUUCUUGUUAAAGUUCCAAUGAAACCUGGUCUCAAAUUUGGGCUUGGAAUCAAAAAUAUUUAUCGAAUGAUUUAUGUGCAGAAAGUUGAAGAUAGUAUGUUUUCUUAUAAAAUUUUGACCUUGAGAACUCAUGAACAUUUUGCAGAUUCAAUCGUUGGUGGUCUUUUCAAUGUUUCAGAUCGAAUCAUUGAUGUUGAUGGAACAAAAGUUCAGGAUAACACAGCGUGCAAAACUUUGCUUAUAAAAGGAUUGAAAGAAAAAGGUUUGGCGACUGUUGUUGUUGAAAGAGCAAUCACAGAAGAAGCUAAGAAAACUGCAAUGGUUAGUUAAAACUUGAACACAUCGAGAAGCUACAUUUAAAGCUUUUUAAGUUCAAAAGAACAUUUUUAUGGAAAAAAUAAAAAUUAAAUUAAAACUGGGGUUACUGUAGGAGUGGAUGUGUGCAAACACUGUUGCACCAAACACGUUACUUGACGAAAAAAAAACGUUUUUUUUUUUCAAAAAAAAACAUUUCGAUUCAGCAAAUGUCGAUAAACUAUACUCAGCAAUUGACUUCGUAGACUGACUGUACAAAUUGAAGAAGUGUCAAUACAGCGGAUGAACGCUGUACCUACACUUUUUUUCCCGAAAAUUGUAAGUUCACUGUUGGCCUGAUUUUCACAAGAAUUUAGGUCUGGAAAAACAAAAACAAAAAUGAGAAAAAGUAGCCGCUUCCAACGCGAAAAUCUCGAGGAUUAGCUGCGGUGUAGCUAUUUUCGCCGAUAAAACCGUUCAUGUACGCGACGUUUUUUGCUGAGUUAUUGUUUGAACGACACUCCGCUUGCCCGCUGUUUAGCGCAACACGAUGGAAUUUUGAGUUCAGGUUUCAGAUCGGUGAAUUUCAUUCAAAAAUUGAAUUUUAAUGUUCUACAAGGCUGGAAUUAUCCGCUUCCAACGGAAAAUCCGAGGAUUAUCGAAGAAAUGUGGGUCUAGAGAAACACUGUUUCGUUGGAAUUUUGAGUUCUCAGAGUCGACAAUGAUUGGUUCAUUUGAAGCGACUUUUUCAUAGGAAACAUCGGAUAUGGAUUUUUUCUCAAAAAUCGAUGGAAAAUGGGUUUGGGUAAGAUUUUGUUGUUAAAAUCUGAAAAAUAGCUGGAAAAUUGUCGUGAGACCCAGAAAGCCUUCAGAAAUCUAUAGAAACAGAAAUGGAAUAAGCAGAACUCAAUGAAACAUGAAAAAUUCAAUGAUUUGCUGAUUUUCAGCGUAUCUCCGCUGUAGCUACACAAUUCGCGGACAGAAAUGAAGUGAAGUGACCGCUCUAUAUUAUUUUUGAAUCCGUAGCUACGCCGAUGCUGUUCUGUAGCUACUUUGUAGAUAAACGGAUGUUUCUUAUGUGCAAUUCUCUCUUCCCCGUUUUCGUACAAAGUAUCAACGAAAUUUGUACAGUCAUGUACGCAGCGAUUUGCUGAGUUCAAAAAAAAAAAACAUUUCGAUUCAGCAAAUGUCGAUAAACUAUAUUUUUUUCCUAUUUUUUGACAUUUUUUCAUUGAAACAAUUCGCUGCGAGAUAUUUUUCAUUUUUGUGUGGAAAAAAACCAUUUAAAAUUUGCUGAAUCGAAAUUUUUUGUAAAAAAAAAACGUUCUUUUUCCACCUGAAUCACCCGAUUAUUUUAUUAUUUUUCAGGCUGAAUUGAACGAAGAGCACAAUGCUUCUGUUAUGGUGGCUCCCGAUGUUCGUGAAAUUAUGAAGAAAAUGGAGCAAAAAAUUCCCAACAAACCAUCGGUGAGGGUUUUCUUUUUUUGUCUAUUGACACGACGUCUUCUUUUAUUCAUCAUUUUUCAGACAAGCGCUCUCAAGGGAAAUGCUGCUCAUCCAAAACCGGUUGAAGCAGAUAAAAGAACAGUUUUAGAAGAUGGUCACAAAUCAGUUAUGAUUCAAAUGGAUAACGAGGACAAAUUGAACAAAUUGCAAAAGGUCGUGAAAGGCGCUGGCAAUUAG